AUGGGCUUACCAACUUUUGAUUUUUUUUUAAAGAAAGAGACACCAUGUGAGCUAUUAGCUCGAGGAGAUGGUCAUGGGAGUUUCAUUCUCGUUGCUUAUGGCCAAGCACAACCCCCUAGGGACCGGGUACGAUUGCACAACCAGGCAGUGGCUGAUAUUCACUAUGUGGUCAGCAUUUCAGAGAUUGUGCCUGGUUUCGAAGAAUUACCUCUUCCGCUGCCGAAUACAGAAGUUGGUCUACAUUCAGUGACUGAUGCCCUUGGCAGUUAUGUUCUAUGGCCGCGUGCAUUGGUGCGGUUAUCAGAUGAGGUUUCGGGGAAGGCCGACAGGAAGGGAAAGAAGGCAUGUUCACCUCAAGAAGGCCGACGUGAUGAAGUGGAGAAAGAAAAUGUUUUUAUGGCAAAGUGUCCACUCAUUACGGAGAUCGAGGUGGUGCAAGGCCUUAGUUCUCUGUGCUUUUGGUUACAUGAGUGCGCUAGCGAUGUAGACGAUGAAGCAAUCAUUGAGAUUCAGUUGUCGCAUCAUCAAUUCCACUACUUUGAGGACACAUCGACCUUCAUUUCUAAGGUUGAUAUUAAAGAAUUCUUAUGUGGGGAAGAGUUGAAUGUUUCCAUGAUACAAACAUUCAUGAGGUUAUUAUACAAAUCAUUGAUUGCAUCUAGUGAGCCAAUGUUUGGUUGGUUAUGUCCAAGCAUAGUACGAGAUGACAGUUGCUUAAGAAACAAAAGGGAGGUGAAAGAGUAUCUCAAUGCUUCUUUGAAAGCAUGUUCUCGUCUUGGAUAUAAGAUCAUUCUUCUUCCUUAUAUUGAAAUGUAUGCUUCUUAAACUCACU